AAAAAAAAUGGCGGACAGCCACUAGCUCAAUCCACAUAAAAAAAUACACAAACAUUUCAAAGCAAGUCUGGGUCCUCUUGUUUCGUCAAUACCCCAACAGGGAUGAGUUGUCUGUGUCAACAGUGAGCCCUGAGUGUGUUUGGGUGGGUGACUGAGGUCUGCUGACAGCUGGGGCCACCUCUUUGUUGUACCCUGUCGUCUGCCUCCAACGCCGACCCCCUGCCUGGCCGACAGAAGGGGAGAGUGUUGAGAGCGAAUCCGUGGGAAAGUCAACCUGAGCAUCCACAAAUAAAAGAGUGGACUAUUGUGUCUUGAACUUAGUCAGUAUUACUGGACAUGAGGAAGCCAGUGCCACAAAAAGCUAUUGAGUGGAAAGAUGGCAGGCAGAUCAAGCAUGCCCGAAGUGGCCGUCCCUCCCGGGUCCCAUCGCAGUACCAAGGAGGGCACUUCAGUUGGGACAAAUACCUGAAGGAAACAGGUGCGAGUGCUGCACCUGCGCACUGCUUCAGACAGGGCGCAACGCCUCCAGUGAACGAGUUCAAGGCGGGCAUGAAGCUGGAGGCGCAGGACCCUCGGAACACAACGUCCACCUGCAUUGCUACAGUGGUGGGCCUGACGGGAUCGCGGCUGCGCCUGCGCCUCGACGGCUCCGACAACAAGAACGACUUCUGGCGCCUAGUGGACUCGUCGGAGAUCCAGCCUAUCGGCAACUGCGAGAAGAACGCGGGCAUGCUGCAGCCUCCAUUGGGCUUCCGUCUGAACGCAUCAUCCUGGCCCAUGUUCCUUCUAAAAACACUCAACGGUGCCGAAAUGGCCCCAGCACGCAUCUUUCACAAGCAGGAGCCCCCAGCCCCAGAGCAGAACUCCUUCCAGGUGGGCAUGAAGCUGGAGGCGGUGGACCGCAAGAACCCCCACUUCAUCUGUCCGGCCACGGUGGGGGCGCUGCGUGGCGUGGAGGUGCUGGUCACCUUCGACGGCUGGCGGGGUGCUUUCGACUACUACUGCCGCUACGACUCCCGGGACAUCUUCCCCGUGGGCUGGUGCUCUCUCACCGGGGACAACCUGCAGCCGCCAGGCACCAAAGCAGUGCUACCCAAGACCCUCGGUUGCCUUUCAGACGGUAGCGAGGGAACAGCCAUGCACCCCAUGCCGGGACAGCCGCCUGGCCAACGGGGACGCAAGCCAGGCCGCAGAAAAGCCAAGCUGACAGGGCCCUGGGGCCAGAAGGGGGCCGGAGUAGGAACACAGGCCCCCCUGCCCGGAAAGGGACUGGAGCAUAUCAAGGUCCCCAAGAAGAGAGGCCCCAAACCGGGGAGUAAGAUGGGCUGGGCGAAGAGAGCAGGCUGGCUGGAGGGUGCCAUGGCAGGCCCAGGGCGACCCAUGUCCCGGCCCAGAGGGAGGCUGCCAGCCAACUGGGCCCAGAGGAUGGCCCUGCAGGAGGGUCAAGUGGAGUCCAUCAAGAUCCCCAAAAAGAGAGGGCCCAAGCCCGGCAGCAAGAGAAAACCGCGGGUGGUGCCCAACCCCGUGCCCGUUUCCCCCAACAGCAGUAUGCCAGAGCCAGACACCAGCACGGUGCCCCUGGACAACGCCACAAUCCCCAGCGCCGCCUUGCAUGCUGCAACAGUGUGUGUAUACCUGAACAAGUAUGGGAAGGUGGGACCCCACUUGGACGGGCGGCGGGUGCAGCAGCUGCCCGACCACUUUGGUCCAGGCCGGGCUUCCUCGGUGCUACAGCAGUGUGUCCAGGCCUGUGUGGACUGUGCCCACAACCAGAGCUCUGUCUUCUCCUGCCUCAAGCCUGGUCACGGAGGAGAGGUCAUAUCAGCCCACUUUGGCCAGCAGCACCAUACCCUCACCCUGCCCACGUUCAACAGCGUCACGUACGUCCUGCGCUUCCUGGCGAAACUCUGUCACAACCUCUACUGUGACCCUCUGUUUGGCAGCCAGCCCGUCCCCCGAGGGGGACUGCAUUACGACAGCCACGCCUACCCGGAAAGGAGAAGUUUUAGGGAGGGCCUCACGACGGGCCCAGGCAGAGGCUCCAAGCGGUUCUUUCAAGACUCCUACUACAGCCCCCUCCCCCACAAGCUGGCCAAAAACCUCUGCCUUUCCUCGGAAGGUGAGCCCUUCCUCGUGGUGAACGGUGUAGGGGGGUCGGAGCACUUAAAGAAGAGCCCCCUGUCCCCGGGCUCGACAGGGCAGCCUCUGGGCCUGCGGUCCCCCACCAAGUUGCUACAUCUCAACUCUUCAGGCUCUGAGCGCUUCAGAGAGAGCCCUCGGCCCAGUGGCCAGGACCCCAACCUGUGGACGGUGAAGGACGUCAUGCAGUUCAUCAGAGACAUAGACCCCCUACUGGCCCCCCACGCAAAUCUCUUCAGAAAACACGAGAUUGAUGGCAAAGCCCUCUUGUUACUACGCAGCGACAUGAUGAUGAAAUACAUGGGCUUGAAGCUCGGGCCUGCCCUCAAACUCACGUUCCACAUCGACAAGCUCAAACAUGGACGCCCUAAUUGAGCUCAUCAGCGUCCCCCCCACCCCGCAACCCUACUACUACUACUCACCCCCCCUCCCCUCUACAGGAUAUAAUGCACUGCAUACUAGUGGACUAACCAUCACAUGUCGCAUCCGCCACUAGGCUACGAUACCUGGUGUCAUAUAUCCCCCCUCCCUUUCUCUGCCGCAUCUACGAAGCCCUGUGGUGAACUUCUCUUAUUUACAUUUUAUUUCUGUUGUGUGGCACAAUCGGCAGCAUUGGAUAUGCAGACUGACUGACUCGCCCACAUCUCCUCCUCAUCCAUCAUGUUACUUGCCUGUUUUUUUCUAUUCCAUAUUCUCUUACAACAACCUCUACCAAUGAUGCCCUCCCUGUGUGUAGACAUUUUUUUACUGUAAUGGCCAUUUUAGGCCAGAGUUUUUAAUUACAUUGUUUUUGAUCGCUUUCUUUUUGUUUGAUCAAGUACAUUUCUUUUUUUGUACCCUCCCUGAAAAUAUGGACUUGCAUUAAGCCAUUUUGGCUGUUUUUGUAUGAAAUAAGUAUACUGAACAUAAAUAUAAAUGCAACAUGUAAAGUGUUGGUCCCAUGUUUCAUGAGCUGAAAUAAAAGAUCCCAGAAA